AUGGGUGCCAUUCCCGAAGUUGACCCCGAUGAGCCCGUCGAGACCAAGCCCUUCAAGUUCGUGACUGGCUACGACGCCCGUUUCCCCCAGCAGAACCAGACCAAGCACUGCUGGCAAAACUAUGUCGACUACUACAAGUGUGUCGAGGCCAAGGGUGAUGACUUCCGCCCCUGCAAGCAGUUCUACCAUGCUUUCCGCUCUCUCUGCCCCAAGGCCUGGACUGACCGCUGGGACGGCCAGCGCGAGGCUGGCAACUUCCCCGCUAUCCUUGAUAAAUAA